AUGGUGAUGACAUUAGAUAUUCUGCAAAUCUUGGUCUGGAAAAAAACGCAUUCCGUUUUGUACAGGGGUGUGGGUGGAAGGAAGGUUCGUGAUAUAAUAUCUAAGGAUAUGGAGAGUGUAUUUGCUUUAGGUCCCGAGGUAGUUGUUCUAAUGAUCGGGGAGAACGACAUCAUUCCCAGUAGGUGCCCGGAUGGUUUUCAGGAAGGAGACAAAUGGCCAUGGGGUGACGCAUGUGGAGUGUGUACCUGUCAUAACGAUUACUGGACAUGUGAAUCAUGUGGGGUUCCACCUCGUGCUUACAAUAGCUAUCUUGAAUCAAAUACACACGCCCUGUAUCCGGAAUGCUGUCCUCAACUAGUUUGCAAAGGAGAAGACAACUUUAACCAAACUAAAAUUUACUAUCCUUGGCUAAUAAACUAUUUUUGAAUGUU